UGUGUGUGAGAGUGUGUGAGAGUGUGUGAGAGUGUGUGUGCGUGUGAAAGGCGAAGGGGAAGCGCUGCUGUGACGCAGCGGUUAUUGUUGCGGUCUGGGUUGUUCCUGCGGUGAUGAAACAGAAGAAUUCCCGGGAGAAUUCUCCUUCAGAUCCGUCAGAUCCGGACUCGUGUGAUAUCAAGCGUCAGAAAGGUGUUACACCUAUGACCAUGUAAUUAAAUUCGUCCUAAAAAAUAAGGCGCAUUUUGCUGAUGAUCACUUGCUUUGAUUCACACAAGAGCAGAACUAAGUUCAAGAAACGUGAAAUAACUUCCACAUGUUGGGGCGUCUUCGCUUUUCCUCCUGUCAAAGAACCGGAAACACAGUCCUUUUCUUUUGCCCCUUUCCUUGUUGUUUUUUCGCAAUGCAGCGCACACGUAAUACGAGCACAGUUUAAGCGCAAUAGAGACAGCUCAUGAAAGUUUCCCCAGUUGAACAAUCCCAAUGGGUUUAAAAAGGCUACUAGAAUGCAGUCAAUCAAUGCAGAAUAAUAUUCGAUACACUUAGAACCACAAUGAAGGUUUUCCUCUUUCUUGCAGUGCUGUGUGGCUUGACGCUGGCGGACGCCGCGCCGCUCCAGACGCAGGAGUUGACGCGCGCUGUUGAACGCGCCACGAGUUUAACUAAGAAGAUCCUGAGCGACAUUCCCGCGGCGCACCGGGCGUGCGUCAAAACCACGGUGAGCAUGCGUGCUGCUUACUCGCUACUACAGCGAUCAUCAUCGGGACGGGGCAGGUGCUGUAGCGCUGGUUUGACUCUCUCCAGCGAAGCAGAACACUUGGAGUAUUUAUUCAGUGAUCUUGGCAUCCCUGCGCCGCCGGUGCUCAAGUCAGAGGACCUCAGCAUGGAUGUGAGUUUAAGCCGUAUUGUGGCUGGUUUGGAACUACACCGUGAACUUCUGCAGGACAUCACAGAGCUCUUGAGCUCCACAGAAGAACUGACCCUCCUGCUCGCUGAUAUCAGAGACCUGUCUGAUCAGAUCUACCAGAUGCAGCAGCUGGCCCAGACUCCCAGCACAGUAUCCCAGAAGGCAGCGUUCACAGCGCUCUCUCCGCGGCUCAACAGUGAUUAUCGAGUCCAAGUGGCCAUCCAUCUUUCUCUUCGGCAGCUGCGCAGCUUUACUCAGGACGUCUUCCGCAGUCUGCGCCACAUUGCUGCAUCUAACUAGCUGACCAGCGGUGACCAACCAACCGGUCCUGGCUGUAUUUCACAUUUUCUGUGUGGAAAUGUAUUUUUGUAAUGCUCACUGGUUGUGUAAAACAUUUGAAUGGGUUAUCCUUGCUAAGUUUAAGUUAACUGAAACUAAGUUUAAGAACUUUGGAAUGGAUGUUUUAAUUGCAAUUAUUUAAAGUAUUUAAUAUUUAUUUAAUAUAUGACUUUUAAAUAUUUAUUAUUGUUGGUUUUAUUUUUAUGAUGUUACAUUGACAGAUGUUGUACCCUGUGGGUGCUGUGUGGAUAUCUAUUAAAGAUUAUUUAUUAUUGAUCAAAUAUUGUUUCUCCAUUUUUUGAAUAACUGUUAACAUUUUUCAGGAAAAAAUUUUUUAUAUCAAGGGUCAUGAAACCUUAAAACUCAUUUUUUGAGAUGCUAACAUAUAUGUAGAGGGUGCACAUCCGUGAAAAUAACAAUAGCACACAUUAUGUCUGUUAUUAAGGGAAAAGUUUAUUUUUUUAUUUUUUGGAGCCAUUUCGUUCUUAUGA